UCCCUUUAAACCCCCACCCCGAACUCCCUCUUAACGGUUAAAACAAAAAAAUAAAAAUAAAAACAAAUACCAAUAAUUAAAAAAAAAAACCCUCUUCUCCCAAAAAUCAGUGGGCGUCUCACGUUUCCCCCCUCUCUUUCUCUCUCCUCAGUCACUACUCCCACUCUCCCUCCUCCACUUUUUCCGAUUCACCACCAAAAUUGGCCGGCAUGAACACCGGAGUGGCGGUAGAGACCGCCGUGAAGACGGUAUUAGACAAGCCCUUGCACGAGCUUACUGAAGACGACAUUUCGCAGCUCACUCGUGAAGAUUGCCGCCGUUACCUGAAAGAAAAAGGUAUGCGACGACCCUCAUGGAACAAAUCCCAGGCGAUCCAACAAGUUAUCUCACUCAAAUCUUUGCUUGAGCCUUCUCCUCUUAAUGCCGCUGCCCUCAAAUCUGCCGCUGUUCGUCCCCCGCUAAACCCCAACAAUACUGUGAACUCGAAUUCAUCUAGCUCCGUAAAGGAAUUAAGUCCAGCUGAUGCUGAUGGCUCGGUGUCAGCAUUGGGGGAGGAUGGAGGUCCAAAUCAGCCGGCUGGUACCUCCAGCUCGGAACCCACGAGAGAAGCGGAAUGUCGUCCAACUGCCAUCGACUCCAAAGUUGUAUCUGUCAGAGGUACAGAUGCAUCACAUCUGCCAUUGGAUCAAAUGACAAUCUUUUACAGUGGCAGAGUCAAUGUUUAUGAUGGAGUUCCAAUUGACAAGCUGGUUCAGCAGGCACGGGCGAUAAUGCAUUUAGCAGCAAGCCCUAUUCAGUUUUCUCAUGAUGAACCGAGUAGCGGAAACUCGACAAAUUGGAGCGACCCUUGUCAGUUGCCCACUUCAAGUUUUAAAUUCAAUGUGUCUACUCAAGAUGGAGCUGCUGCACAGUCCAUGUUGCAAGAUGUUGAAGGUCAGACAAAUAGACAAGUCUCAUUGCAGAGGUACUUUGAGAAGAGGAAAGACAGGGGGAAAUUCAAGAUGAAAAGGAAAAUAGGAUCUUCUUCUUCUGGUUUGGAGAUGUACCUGAAUCCUCAGAUGAGGAUGCCAGUUAUCAACGGACAAACAAAUCAAAUCAACUCCAGCCCAAAAAGCCAACUUGGGAUGCCCUGCUCAAAUUAUGGCUUAGCGGAUCAGAAGAAUCAUGGUCUGUCUGUUGACCUUAAUGACAAAGGGCUUUGACAUUGGAAAGUAGUUUGGGGUUGCCUUUUCUAUAUAUUCGGAUUGAUGCUUGCAAUCAUUUGUUUAGAGGCCCCUGCUAUCUUGAUCAUGGCUUGUUGACUGCUCGUCACUUGGAAGUGCAUAACCUUAUUAGAAGUCAUUACCUGAAGACUGUAGAAGGCAUUAUUGUGAUCCAUUAUAUAUAUUUGUGGUGCAUGGCGGAUAAGAUGUGCUAUGGAGCUCUACUAUGGAGUAACAACGAGAGGAUCUUUUCGUUAGUGAUACAAGUAAUCAAUUUUGUAAACAAAAGGCGUGGAAUGAUUCUAGUCUGAGUUAAGGUUCUUUGAACAUAUGAUGCGCCAGCUUCUUGCUGUCUCUGAGCUUUAUCAUGAUGUAAGAACAUGUCUAAUGCUACCAAUCAAGAUGUAAAGACCUCUUAGCCAUUAUAAUGCAAGGCUAUAUGCCUGAUGAUUCUCUCUUCUCCA